GAGACGGGCUCGUGGAGCUUCCGUGCCCGCGUGGGGCCCGAAAGAGCGCGGCGACGGGCCUGUGGGCGGGAAGCCGCCCCGACAUGAGGUUCGCGUGCCUCUCCUUCCGGCAGCCUUACGCCGGGCUCGUGCUCAACGGCGUCAAGACCCUGGAGACGCGCUGGCGUCCCCUGCUGAGCAGCCAGCGGAACCGAACCGUGGCGGUCCACGUGGCCCGCCGGGACUGGGAAGACGAGGGCGCCUGGCGGGCGGUGCUGCAGGACCGGCUGCGCAUGACGCCCGCGCAGGUGGACGAGCUGCUCGGGCAAGGGGAGAGGUUCGGCCGGGGCGUGGUCGCUGGGCUGGUGGACGUGGGAGAGACCCUGCAGUGUCCAGACAGCCUAGAUCCCGAGGAAGUCGUGGAGCUGGAGACGCGAGCCGUGCUGUGCAGCCUGCAGCACAAGUACUUGACUGCGCUCUCGAACCCCAGGUGGCUGCUGCAGCCCUUCCCUGCGAAAGGGGGCAAGGAUGUAUUCUUCGUGGACAUCCCUGAGCACCUGAUACCUCCGCAGGAGGAGGAGGAAGAGGGUGCCACUGUGGGCUCUGGAGAGCAACAUCCCGAGAUGAGAGCCAACUAAGUGAUGGCACGGGCCUAACUCAGAACUGCCACUCCCCCUUGCAGGACUCCCCAUCGGGUGCUGCCCCCCUCCCCCUUCACAGAUUUCUAUGCUCUUGGAAAGACUUUUGCUCCCCACUUUUCCGCCUCUUGAACCUCUCUGGCCUCAUUGACAGCGUGUCUCAAGUGUAUUAGGAAAAGUGCCCGGGGUGGGGGGGAAAGCCUCUUUGUUGCCACUAACUUUUGUGCUAUCGCUUUUUUUUUUUUAUUAGUACAAAGAAAUAUGUUAGUACUUAAAAGAAAAUGUGUUGAGACUGGAGAGCUGGCUUAGUGCUUAAGGCGUUUGCCUACAAAGCCAAAGGACCCAGGUUCGAUUCCCCAGGACCCACAUAAGCCAGGUCCACAAAG